AUGAGCCUCAUCUCCAAGGUCGCUAGUCUGUACCAGAAAUCCGUGAGCAAGUCUUUCGGCAUGUAUGGACUCAAGUACGAUGAUGCACUUGUAGACACAGCCGCUGUGCAGACGGCGCUACACUGGAUUCAUGGCGAAGAAACCCAGGCCCGCACAAAGCGUAUCGCGCGCGCCGCCGAUUGCUCCCUCAAGCGUUGCUACCUGCCCGACGAAAUUCAAGCCAUUCAACGUCCUCUCGACUUUUACCUGAAUGAUAAGGUUGUGGAGGCAGAAAAGCUUGCUGAGGAGCGUGCUGAACUUACGCGAUGGUAA